AUGCACGCAGCAAACUAUUUACAUUUACAUUUAUCAUUUGAUGAAUGGGCAUUUUCUCGAACGCAACAAACAGCAAUCACACCAUUCGCAUUUGAGAACGAAGUGGAGUCCAAGAAGCAACUUCAACCUUGGUCGAUGGGAGGUAAGAAUUAUGUUAGUGCGGUGGUGGUGUUGGUGUUGGUGUUGGUGUGGGGGGUGAUGGUGUCGGAGGGGCAGACACAGGUGGGGGAGUGCUUAAUAAAGUGCGAGGAGAAGGCAAUGAUGUGUGCAGCCGAGUGUGGGGUCAAAGGCGGGCAGACCUCUUGUUACGAGGGUUGCGGCACUGGGGACAUCGACUGCAUCACCUCCUGCCUCGCCAGUAUGGCCAGGAUUAUCAAUUGA